AUGGAGAAUGAAGCUAAUUCGAAUUUUGAAGAACCUAUCACAGCUACAAGCAAUGUUGAACAACAACGUGUAAUUUAUGUUACUGAUCCUGACGUUCAAAUUACUUGGGAACGUCAACACUCUAAUAAACCUUCAAGGGUGGAGGGUAAAUAUAAAAUUGGAGAAGAUAUUGGAAAAUUGAACUGCGCACAUAGAUUUCACUGGACUUGCAUUCAAGAGUGGCUUGCAUCGUGGUGGCUACAAUACCUAACAAAUUGUUUGAGAUGGAGAGAAGGAAUUUCGCUUUUAGAAAGCGCUUUUGGAAGUCUUCAAUUCCACGAACACAUAAUCACAGAGCUUCUCGAAGACACCAAUGGCGGUCUCGUCAUUCUCUCUUCAGGUCUCUCUCUAUCGAAACUCAUUUCAUCUCUUCUCCUUCUUCACUCCACUUCUCAGGGAACACUUCUCAUUCUAUCUCCUUCCUCCGCCACUCUCAAAUCCAAAAUCAAUUUCCAUCUCAAAACCCUAAACCCCCAAUUCUACCAAGUCCCCGUCGAAAUCACCGCCGACCUCCCCGUUAACCACCGCCACUCCCUCUACUCUUCCGGCUCCGUCUGUUUCAUUACCCCUAGAAUCCUCAUCGUUGAUCUUCUCACUAAUAAACUACCUGCCUCAAUUAUCUCCGGACUCAUCAUCCUCAACGCUCAUUCCGUUUCGGAGACUUCCACUGAAGCUUUUAUUGUUAGGAUUUUUCGUUCUCUCAAUCGAAGUGCGUUUGUUCGUGUUUUCUCCGAUAGGCCACAAGCGAUGGUUUCGGGUUUUGCGAAGGCGGAGAGAACUAUGAAGUGUUUUCAUAUUCGUAAGCUGCAUCUUUGGCCGAGAUUUCAGGUUUAUGUUUCGCAGGAGCUUGAGCAGGACCCGCCGGAUGUUGUCGAUAUUAGGGUUCCGAUGAGUAAGUACAUGAUUGGGAUUCAGAAGGCUAUUGUUGAAGUUAUGGGUGCGUGCUUGAAGGAGAUGAGGAAGACGAAUAAGGUUGAUGUGGAGGAUUUGACUGUGGAGAAUGGGUUGUUCAAGUCGUUUGAUGAGAUUGUCAGGAGACAGUUGGAUCCAAUUUGGCAUACUUUGGGGAAACAGACUAAGCAACUCGUCUCUGAUCUCAAGACCUUGAGGAAAUUGUUGGAUUAUCUAGUCAGGUAUGAUGUGGUGACUUACUUGAAAUAUUUGGAUACACUUAGAGUGUCGGAGAGUUUUCGAUCUGUUUGGAUUUUUGCAGAGGCGAGCUAUAAGAUAUUUGACUAUGCAAAGAAACGUGUUUAUCAUCUUGUGAGGUCAGAUGGUAUGAAAUUGGACGAGUCUAGUAAAGGUGUCAAAAACAAAAAGAAAAAAGUCAAGGGGGAUAACAAAGACACUGAAGAAAAAAGCAGUAGGUUCGUUUUAGUUGCCUAG